GAUCUUUCUCGGCGUCAAAUCUCUCACUGUCGAUCCCUCUCAAUCUUAUGGUUUCACCGGCAAAUCCAUCGACAACUUAUAAGUAUUUCGACGACGACGACGACGACGACGACGGCGGCGGCGACGACGAUGACGACGACGACGGCGGCGGCGACGACGGCGGCGGCGGCGACGACGGCGGCGGCGGCGGCGACGACAACGACGACGACGGCGGCGGCGACGACGACGAUGACGACGACGACGACGACGACGACGGCGGCGGCGGCGACGACGAUGACGACGACGACGACGACGGCGGCGACGGCGACGACGACGACGACGGCGGCGACGGCGACGACGACGACGACGGCGGCGACGGCGACGACGAUGACGACGACGACGACGACGGCGGCGGCGGCGACGACGAUGACGACGACGACGAUGACGGCGGCGACGACGACGACGACGACGACGGCGGCGACGGCGACGGCGACGACGAUGACGACGACGACGACGACGGCGGCGACGGCGGCGACGACGACGGUGAUGGUGAUGAUGAUGGUGGUGGUGAAUUGAUGACGAUGGAGUGAUGAAGUUGAUGAUGGAGUGAUGAUGA